AUGGAGCAGCCUCCGAUCCCUACCGCGUCAUCUGCCGCCGACGCCGCCGGAGACAAGGGCAUCCCCAAGCCAAGGAAGCGCUCGCUCUCCCCCGAGGAGAUUCUCGCGCACUACGAGUCUCAGGGCUUAAAUUCCCGCGAGGCCGCUCUCCAGGCCGUCGGCGAUCUCCAGGCCCUCCUCUACAGCGCCCUCCCCUCCUCACGCGGCAGAAAGAGUGACCGCCUCACCGCCGACUCCCUCCGCAAGGUCGACAACGCCAACGCUCGCCUCGCCAUCCUCGACGCCAAGCUCGACUCCAAGCCCGACAUCGGCCAGUCCUUCGCGAUAGGACUCGCCUCCGGCGCACUCCUCCGCGGCGCCGACUCCGUCCUUCCGCACGUCAUCGGCAGCAUCCGCAGCAUCUGGAACUCCGUUGGCGCCGCUACCAAAAGCUCCUCCUCUGCGCCUUAG